CUAUCAGUUUCUUUUUACAACUAGUGAGAAAUAUUGCGAUAUUUGUGAAGUUUUUAGAUAUACGUCAGCUAAUUUUGUUUAAAACAUUUUACAUUUUGUUUAUCGUGCAAUUUUGGGUGCCACCCAAAGCUUUAUGUUGACUGAAGUUUAGUCUCCUUGACUAAAAUCUUUUGUAAAACACUCUCCUAAACUUUGUUGCUCGAUAUAAUAUUACAUAAUCCGCAUCUCGGGUAUUUUGCACAGUAAAUAACUGUUCUAAACAACCUAAUGUAACACAUUUUAACAAGCUUAGUAUUUCCUCGUCAGGUAUAAUGCUUUGCGCGCUCCCAUUGACAUGGACGCGAACGCGCUUUAAAACCCGGUUUAUGCGCGACUCCGCCGCUGAGUUGUUGCGAGGGGCACUGGAGUCGGGAGCGCGCCCGUAGACUAAAAGGCUGCUGCUGCUUAUCAUCACAGAGGCGUCACGUCACGUCACGGAUCCGCAGCGAGCAAACGACAGAGAGAGAGAGAGAUGCUGAGGUGACAGGCAGAAGGAGAACGGGGACGAACACAUUCUGUCACAACACACUCGUUUCCCUGCUUUAUUUUUCCGAACCGCUCACAGCUGCUCCGUCACCAGCGGCCGCAGCAGCGGCUGAAACGUCCGCCUCUUCUAGCCGAUGACCCACACGCUAUGGGAUUCCGCUGCGCUUCGUCCCCGCCGCCUCCAAACGUAGCAGAUUUGCUCUAACCACACCCGGCUCCUCUGUGGAUCAAGGCUGUAAAGAGCAGAGUGUCCUCCAUCAGAGUCCAAAUGCCCGUCCCAUUCUGAAGCUGCUGGUCGAGGGGGGGAAGCAGUGAGGACAUCGUCCCUGGUCGGCAGGCGGAAUGAGCGGGGGAGCGGAGCAAACUGACAUCCUAAGCGUGCUCUCCCUGGUCAAGGAGCGAUGGAAAGUGGUGAAGAAGAUCGGAGGUGGAGGGUUUGGCGAGAUCUACGAGGCGCUGGAUCUGCUGACACGGGUCAGCGUGGCUCUGAAGGUGGAGUCGGCGCAGCAGCCCAAACAAGUGCUCAAGAUGGAGGUGGCCGUGCUGAAGAAGCUCCAGGGUAAGGACCACGUGUGUCGCUUCGUGGGCUGUGGCCGCAACGACCGCUUCAACUACGUGGUUAUGGAGCUUCAGGGUCGUAACCUCGCCGACCUCAGACGGAGUAUGAGCCGGGGCACGUUCAGCAUCAGCACCACCCUGCGUCUGGGUCGUCAGAUCCUGGAGUCCAUUGAGAGCAUCCACUCUGUGGGCUUCCUGCAUCGCGACAUCAAACCGUCCAACUUUGCCAUGGGUCGUUUCCCCAGCACCUGUCGGACCUGCUACAUGCUGGACUUUGGUUUGGCUCGUCAGUUCACCAACUCCUGCCAGGAGGUCCGACCUCCUCGUCCAGUGGCAGGAUUCAGAGGAACAGUGAGAUAUGCAUCUGUCAACGCUCACAAAAACAAGGAGAUGGGUCGUCACGACGACCUGUGGUCCCUCUUCUACAUGCUGGUGGAGUUUCUGGUGGGUCAGCUGCCGUGGAGGAAGAUCAAAGACAAGGAACAUGUGGGGAAGCUGAAGGAUACAUACGACCAUCGGCUGAUGCUCAAACAUCUGCCUGCAGAGUUUGCUGUGUUUUUGGACCACAUCGCCAACCUGGAUUAUUUCACCAAGCCUGAUUAUCAGCUGCUGAUGUCGGUGUUCGACAACAGUAUGAAAACCUACAACGUGGUGGAGAACGACCCCUACGACUGGGAAAGAACCGGUACAGAUGGAACACUGACGAUCAGCGCCAGCGCCACCACACCGCAGCAUCACACCCGCCUCACUCCUGCACAUAUGGGGAUGGCCAACGCCUCCCUGAUUCCUGGAGACCUGAUGAGGGAGAACACGGAUGAGGUUCUGCAGGACGAGCAGCUCAGCGAUGUGGAGAACAACGCCGUUCCGGAGCGUCUGCCCGGCUCUCCUCUCCACCCACACCGUAACCAGGAGGCCGACGUCUGGGAGGAGCUGGACCGGAACCGGAAUCGUAUCAGAACAGCAGUGUGGAAGCAGGGGGCGACAGAGGAGGAGCACAGAACCAACCAGGGAAACCAAGGACCUCCGAGCCCCUACACUGGACCAAGUCUAGGCUCUCCUGUUAAACUCCACUCUGAGGUGAUGGCUUCAGACCGUGAUGGUCCUCUGCUGAGGAAACUUCGAAACAUCCACAGCUUCGACCUGGAGAGGAGGCUGGGUCUGGAGUCCAAACCCAGUCCAGAGAGGUUUCUGGAAGCCUGUCCAACAAAGCCUGGAUCUCCACAACAGGAGAAGGAGACCAACGCAGCUGCCAUCAUCAAAGUAACUCAGGGUCAAAGUGCACCUGCUGGGGAGCGUCCUGACAGGGUGUGGCACUACGACGAGGAGUUCCUGUCUGGUGGAGGCUCUCCUAAACCAGCGUCUCCUGCGUCUAUGGAACAGGGAGAGGGGGCGGCCAUCAGUGGGGGCUUCGUGGCCCUGAACUUAAGCUCUGGGAGGCAGGACAUUGACUCAAGGGAGUGGGUCAUGGUGGAGAGACCAGGUGGCUCCCCCGGAGGAAAAGCUACCACCAGUCCAUCAGAGGAGGAGGAGGAUGAGGAGCCAGAAGUGCUCCAGCCAGAGGAACAGUCUCCUGGUUGGGAAAAGGGCAGUGCGAGCCCGAGUUCUGGAAAAGCCAAACAGGAAAGUGUGUCUUCUACAAAAGUGGACAAGUUAGAGCUAAGUGUGGGCCCCGCGGGGACACUGCCGCCUGUCACUCCCACCAGUCCGGCCGAGGCUCUGGCUGAGGGCGUUCUCACUCAGCUCCCCACCUCUCCUCCGUCCCUGCCUGAGGAAGUGUUGAUACGGACGUCCAGCCCCGUCCCUCUCCGUUCUCCCAGUCCUCACACCCUCCUGACCUUGUCAGACCCGCUGUACCAGCGCCACACACAGGCCCUGACUCGCAGCCAGUCGGCCGAUCAGCAGCAGCAGCAGAAGCAGCGGCGGCAGAAGCAGGAACGUCCCUCCUCUUCCUCCUCCUGCCACGCCUCCCUCCCACUACCACCAAACCCUGUCCCCGAAGCUCGCUCGCCCACUCGUAGGAAACUCCCUGCUAUUCCGGCAGGCGCCGCCAACGCAAAGUUCCCCUCUGUCAUACGCAUCACACGUGCCCAACUCCAGCAGUUGACGGCUCAGCGUCCCUCGGCUCUGUCCUCCCAGUCAGGAUCGGACAGCGCUCCACAGUGCCUCCUUCUGGAAAGGCGAGGUGAUGCCAAAGCUGAAGCUGAGACUGAGGCUCAGCAGGAUAAGGAGAACACAGUGGACACUGACUGCGUUCCCUCACACCCAGGGACACCCACGGACCCCCUGGCUGAAGCGUUGGUCAACGGAGACAAUCACACCAAGGCUCCAAGCCCCGUGCCGAGCCACGUGUCUUCCCCACGUUCUCCCUGCUCGUCUUCCUCUCCGAAGUCCCCGCGCUCUCCUCGAUCCCCUCACUCACCUUGCAGUCCUGGUUCUGCCAGUGGCCACAACUCCUCUCAUGAAAACAGCCAAAAGAAUCAAAAUAAUUCUGUUGCCCAGAAGCCCAAAGAUCUGGAGAAGGAUUUUUGCCACGCUCCAUCAGCCACCGAGUCUGAGCCAAAUCAAGAGGAGGGUGGAGUGCUGACCCAAGCUCUAGAUCAGAAUAGUAACCUAACCCCCUCCUCCCCGUCUCCAGCUGCCCCCCAUAAGGACCCCACCCGCAGGCAGAGUCGCAUCCCAGUCCUGGAGCCCUCCAGCCUGUUAGAACUCCCACCUCCAGGCUCUGCCAAGGAGAAACUCCUGCAGAAGAAAGCCGUUCACCAAGGCCCUGUCCCGUCUCCCACUGCAUCACCCUCCCUCUCUGAUAGACGUGGCCCCCUAGUGGCCUCCCUGGCAAAAGACCCGCUCUCGUCCACCUCUGAUCGUUCUCAGGAUGAGGAUUCGCUCAUGGGCUCCCCCUCCGAUCGUCAAGGAGAUGAUGCUCCGUCCCUGUCCUCGUCCUCCAGCCCUCUGUCCCGCAAGAGCCGUAUCCCUCGCCCUGUCCACUCAGCCUCUUCAGCUGAGCAGCUGGCUGCACAGUUCCUGCCCCGACCACCUCCUGGAAAGCCACCGUGCCGGGGCACAGUAGAGGGCAGGCUCAGGCGUUACCGGAUUCGAGCCGGCAGCACCAGUGACUCAGACCUUCUGUCAUGCCUUGCUCAGCUGAUGCACGGAUCUCGUGGCUCCCCGCUCCAUCACCGACACUCUCCCCAGCACGGGAGCUCCAGGAUGGGCAUGUGCAGCCUGACCAGCUCUCCUCACCACCACCGCAGCUCUAGCGCCUCCCCACGUAGCUCCUCCUCCCUGCAGCGCUCUGUCAGUUCCUCACCUUCCCGACACGAGCACCGUGGCGGAGGAGGAGGAGCAGCCGGAGGAGGAGGAGGCUGUCUUGGCCGCAGCCGUUCACCUCCCAGCUUCUCCGGCUCGCCGCCUUGUCGACGCUUCUACCCCCAUCACCAGGAGACCUGCUGCAGUAGGCAGGCUCGUGCCGGCUCUUUCUUCCUGUCCAGGGGGAAAGGCUGCAGCAGGGAGGGCAAGUGCUCCACCAAGAUGAGCAGAUAGUUGCCCACCAGGCCGUGUCUCCACAGCAGAGGAUGGGAGGAAAACUCUAUAUCAAACAAAAGUCAGGCUGAAAACCUGAGCCUUCUUCUAUAGUUAGAUCAGAAAAAUCCUCUUUCCUGGUUUUAACCUUGUCAAAGUCUGAAUACUACUCUCCCCUCGUCCCCUCCACAUGUACAGGCUGCAGGUUUGUGUUGCUGCACAUUUCACAGGGUGAUUUCCAGAAGAGGGCCUGGUUGACCAGACGACCUGGGAGUUGUCAUGAGGUUUUCAUUAUUGCCGUCCACCAAGCUGUGGUGUGGAACGUUCCUAUCUGCUGUGAGAAUGGUCGAGAAUGAUGUUAGAGAAAAACACUCUUGAAAAUAACAGCAAAACUGAGGCAAAGUUUUGAAGUCAGUUGGAAUCGCACUUGUUUCGCACGACGCCGCACAUCGUCAUUACCACUGUCAAAUGAAUAUUUUUGCCUUGUGUUCAAAGUAAACACACAACAUCCGUAAGUUACCACUUCCCAGUAAUACUUUGCACACAGUUUUUUGUCGUUUUUUUUUUUCUAGCAAUACAGAAGAAUUCCAUUGAUUUAGUGAGCGGCAGAAGAAAACAUUAAGAUGGCUCAUAAACAGUUGUGCAACUGUUCUCUUUUUCUUUUGUUUCUUAAAAAUAUUAGUAUUGUAGUACCACUGCAGGCCAUCGGGGGGCUUCCAACAAAAAUGGCUGUAUUCUUUCAUGAAGUAUUCCCAUAUUGGUUACCUUGGUGACGUAUACCAAACUAAGAAGCAUUGUGAUAGUUAAGGAUUUUAAAUAAAUAUUGGAUAAACAAAAAAACUGAACAAACGGAUUUCUGAGCACUGAUGAAAUGGACACUAAAGGCUAGCUCUACCUCUGUGUCUUAUCGUGGCCUAGAGCUAACAGCUAGCUACUGUUCCCUUCCCAGGAUACAUAGAUCUCAAGUUCGUUAUGGAUCAAUAUUUUCUCUGCUUAUUCUACUUCCUGUGGCGCAGGAUGGUCCAAGCUACUGAGUGGAUCAUCCUGCUCCUCACUAUAUAUACACUAUCUAUUAUUUAUCCUCAGUAUUAAUGCACUGGGUUG